AACAAGGUGCGGCUAAGAUGAGUUGUUUCCCAAUCGGUGUGUCCCCAAGGUCGUGGCUCUUCAACUCCUGCACAUAGGCAUUCCAUUUGCGAAGCUCGUGCGAAGUGCUUCACAGUCAAACAUGGGGAAGACUUUUGUGAUUCUUACGUGCCUUUGCGCAGUUGCAUACGCACAGUUCGGUCAAUUCCAAUCACGGACAACAGCGCAAACUAGGCAACAACAGCAACAGAGUGCUUUCGGAAACCAAAACCUAUACAGAGAUAGCCAAGGUCAAUAUCAACAGAACCAGAAUCAGUAUCAACAGAAUCAGUAUCAACAGUCUCAACAGCAGUCCGCCCCUAGACAGAGUGCUGGUUCCUGUAGGGAGAGCAAUGAAAGAUACCCAGUUUCUGGUAGCUGUGAUAGAUACAUCGAAUGCAUUAAUGGAACUUCCGAAGAAAAGCUGUGCCCUGAUGGACUCCUCUUCAACCCCAAUGUGAACUUCAACGUCUACCCGUGCCAGUACCCCAACGAAGUCCAAUGCCUUGAGAGGUCAUCUCUGCAACCGGCCCAGCCGACAGAGGAUUGUCCUCACCAGUUCGGCUACUACAAGCUCGGAGACGCCCGCAACUGCAGUGGCUUCAGGAACUGUGUCAACGGCGUGGGCUAUGACUUCACCUGCCCCGAGGGACUCGCGUGGAGCUCCGAAACUUACCGCUGCGAAUGGCCCGACACCGUUGCUGAUUGUGAUGCUGAAGCUUUCCUCGGUUUCCGAUGCCCUGAGGUGCCACAAUCCAGGGAACUAGGCCCACCUGCUGGCUUCAGAUUUUACAGGUCGGAUGUGAACUGCCAGAAAUAUUUCCUGUGCAUCGAAGGUCGUCCCCGUGCUCUGAGCUGCGGUGGUGACUCUGCCUUCGACGACCUCACGUCCACCUGCGUGUCCGCCGAGGAGGUCGCCGCCUGUCCCCAGGAACUACGCGCCGCGGCUGCUCAAGCCCGCGCAGAGGAGAAACAGCGCCUGGCGAAAGAAAUAGAAUUCUACUCCAAACCUAACCCGUUCCAGAAGAGGAAAUUCUAAUCGACUAACCAAUAGCAAAGCUAAUCGCGGCGUUAUGCCUCAAUCAUACUAGCGGUUUUCUGUUUACGGGAUAUCUUAGUUUAGAUAUCUAUUGUGAAUUUGCUUCGGAUAGUAUUUACUCCUUAGCGGAGUUGUCCAUCCCAACACUCACAAACGCUAGUAUAGUCACGGCUUUAUUGCCUAGAAGGAAAAUUUAUGUACUUAUGUUUUUUAAAAGCAUGUUUGCCAUCUUGUACCUGUCUCCUUAAGUUUUACAAACAAUCAAGAAACAAAAAUAUCAAUUUCAGACUUAAGUAUUGAAAAGAUAAGACAGAAAAACCUGUUUUAAUUUUAAAGUAUUCGACACGGAGUUAAAAUUAUGUUAUUAAAUACUUGUAUAUUCUGCGCGCGUCUUUUAGCAAAUAUUAAACUUUUAAAUGUUAAAGAACAUCAGUAGGUUUUUAAAUGAAUAGAUCCAAUGGUCUCCUUGGAUGAAUUACGUGAGAUUAAUAAAACAUUCUGCUAGUCUUGUUGAGUCAAUAUUUUUAAAAAAGUUUGUUCUUUGCAAGUCUAUAUACGUAUAUAACUUUAUAUAUACCUACCUUUUAUUAUUAUAUCACUGUUUAAAUUAUAUUUCACUACUUAUGUUUAUUACUUAUGACACUUUAAACAUCUUGAUUACUUGUUACAUCGCCGAAUGUUAGAAUAAAAAUGUGACAAGUCAACUUGAUUAUUAGAUUUGUGGUAGUUUUGGUAUCAAACUGUUAUUAUUAUUAAU